UCUACUCCCUGCCAUCUAUUACCCUACCCAAUUCCCACUUCUAUCCCUUUCCCCCUAUACCUACGGGGUCGACAAAUCUAUUCCUCCAACCAUAUCUCCUUUAUAUAUUUCUGGCUACUGACAUCUAUUGUUUCGUCAUCUACCGGCUCCGCCUCGCUGCAAUUGUCUAGUAACCGUUGCUGUGGCAAGAGCCUUUCUUUUAUCUUGCAUACAGAACAUCUCGCGGUAACCGCUCGCUGGUUUCUUAGAACUGUUGGUCAGAGACCCGACUUUCUCAAUCACAAUGGCCUCCCGUCAAUCUCGUAGGGUUCUGCGACCUCUACUUUAUACUUCGCUUGCUGCUGCGACAGGAGCUGGAGUUCUUUACAUAUCUUACCGCCCUCGCAAUAUCCCUGGCUCGGAAGCCCCCGCUGUUCCACCACCGGGUUACCACGAAGGCAAGCUAGUGCCCCCAAGCUUCCCAUCAAUCAAGUCCCGUCUUGAACAAAUCCAAGACCUUAAACGCUCUUCCGGUGGAAGUGACUCGGAUGAGUAUGAUUUGCUUGUUAUUGGGGGCGGCGCUACUGGGUCGGGAAUCGCUCUCGAUGCUGCCACACGAGGUCUAAAGGUUGCCAUUGUUGAAAGGGACGAUUUCAGCGCUGGGACGAGUAGUAAGAGUACAAAGCUUGUACAUGGUGGUGUUAGAUACCUGGAAAAGGCCGUUUGGGAGUUCGAUUAUAACCAAUACAAGCUCGUCAAGGAGGCCCUGAGGGAACGCAAGUACUUCCUGAACACAGCCCCUCAUUUGUCUAGCUGGCUCCCUAUCAUGGUCCCAGUGCAGAAAUGGUGGCAGGCGCCUUAUUUCUGGGCGGGAACCAAAUGUUAUGAUUUUUUGGCUGGGUCAGAAGGGAUAGAGAGCUCCUACUUUCUGACCAAAAGCAAGGCCAUCGACGCGUUCCCCAUGCUAAGGAAGGACAACCUUAUUGGCGCCAUGGUAUACUACGAUGGUGCCCACAAUGACUCCCGAAUGAAUGUUUCCCUUGCAAUGACGGCGGCGCUGUAUGGGGCCACCGUUGUCAACCACAUGCAAGUUACUGGCUUGACGAAAGAUGCAUCCGGCAAAUUGAACGGUGCCCACCUCAAAGACCUUAUUCCUGGACGGAAUGGUCAGGAUGAAGAGGGGUUUACAAUCAAGGCAAAGGGGAUUAUUAAUGCAACCGGUCCCUUUACCGACUCAAUCAGAAAGAUGGAUGAACCUGAUGUGAAGGAGAUUGUGGCCCCUAGCUCAGGUGUUCAUGUAAUUCUCCCCGGAUACUACAGCCCUUCGGAUAUGGGUCUCAUUGACCCGUCAACAUCAGACGGCCGUGUGAUCUUCUUUCUGCCCUGGCAAGGAAACACUAUUGCUGGUACAACAGAUCAGCCGACCGAGAUCACUCCCCAACCUCAGCCGUCUGAGAAGGAUAUUAACUGGAUUCUCUCUGAAGUGCGUGGUUAUCUGGCUCCAGACAUCAACGUUGAACGAAGUGAUGUGCUUGCCGCCUGGGCUGGAAUCCGGCCCCUGGUGCGUGACCCCAAGGUGAAAAGCUCCGAAGCAUUGGUACGCAAUCACCUCAUAUCUGUCUCUGCGUCUGGGCUCUUAACAUGUGCUGGCGGCAAAUGGACCACCUAUCGGCAGAUGGCCGAGGAAGCGGUGGAUGAGGCUAUCGACGUUUUUGGCCUGAAGCCCCCGGGAGUGUCAGGUGCCCCGGAUAUCAGUGGUGUCGGAGGAAGUGGCCUGGUCUCCGACGGUGCUGUUCUGGACGGAUCCUGCCAGACCCACCAGGUUCGCCUAAUUGGGGCCCAUGGCUUCUCCAAGACCCUUUUCAUCAACCUUAUCCAGCACUUUGGGCUCGAGACAGAUGUGGCCAAGCAUCUAACGGAAUCAUACGGCGACAGGGCAUGGCAGGUUGCAGCCCUUUCCUCUCCAACUAGCACCCGCUUCCCCGUUAGAGGCCAGCGUAUCUCCACAUUGUAUCCGUUUAUUGACGGCGAGAUUCGCUAUGCGGUACGACAUGAAUACGCGCAGACUGCCAUUGAUGUCAUCGCUCGCAGAACUCGUCUAGCAUUUCUCAACGCUGAAGCAGCGCUCGAAGCUCUUCCUAGCAUCAUCGAUUUGAUGGGCGAAGAGUUAAAAUGGGAUGUGUCAAGGAAGGACACUGAGUGGAAAGAGAGUGUCCACUUCCUUUCAUCCAUGGGUCUUCCAAGCAAUUUCCUCGGUAUGACCAGAGAGGAUGUUGAAGCAGGCAUAGUGAAACAUAUUGACAUUGCACAAAGGACGGCUUUCUCUAGGACUGAUUCACCCGCAGAUGUGCUUGAGGGUGAUAUCCUCACAACUCGUCCAGCAGAUUCAAGCAGGCUACAACCUGAGUCCCCAGCAAACAAAUAGAACCCCCAUGAGCCAUAGAAUAUUUUAUUUACUUUAUAUUUGUAUAAAUAAACUAAAUGCACACUUUGUGCCAUGGUGUA